AAGGAGCAUCCCUAGAGAAAUCUCUAUGCGUGGACAUACACUCAUCUCCAAAUCUUUAUAGAGAUAAGAAUAACCGUCAGUUUCUACCCUCCCCUGCCCUCCUUAAGGGAGACACUACACUCCGUGGGAACAGGUAGCGCGAACUGCUAACAGUGCAGCAAUCCCCUCCCCCCUACCUACCCUCUUCUCUGUGAUCAUCUAAAUUAUGAAAAAUAGAGAGUGCAUUAAUCCACGGUUCGACAUUGCAUAGAGAACACCAGCAAGAGACAAAAUCCAGCAUAAAACACUCUAGACUGCAGGGGAGGAAGAAACGCAUUUAAAGCAACGAUAAAAAUGGCGUGCAGAAUAAUUACCUCAAAUUGCUAUUCGCUUGACACCCUGACACUAAUUCUGUUCAAGUCAUUGGGAAAUACAAUAAGGCAAAGGAGCUUUCCUCUCCUUCUUGUGAAGGUGUGAGUGUGUGUGAAUGGGGGCAAUAAGGAACCGGUCGGGAGGAGGGGAAUGCUAAACUUUCCAUUUUAAAAGAAAAUAAAUAAAUUAAAUAAUCCAUUUAGGAGAACGCAUCUAAAUAGAUCUACAGCUUUUAAUGCCAGCGUUUUUAACGCUUGCCCUGUACGUGGAUUGAUUUUUUUUUCCUCUCCAGCAUUCCCUCAGCAGAUGGAUUUUUGCCACUGCAGCUCAGCAGAGGGUGUCAGAUCUUUCAGUGUGCACCAGGUUGAAACGAGCAGAGCCUCUUAGCAACUCUCCCUCUGCGUGCAUGUGAGUGUGUGCGAGCGUGCGGCUCGGCAGCAGCGGAAGAAAAAGGAAAGAAGAGCGAAGCGAGGGAGCGAGCGAGGGAGCGAGGAGGGGAGGCAGCGCUGCCGGCAGGGCGAGGCGAGGCGCGGCGCGGGCGGACGGGCGGGCGGGCGGCCCCGGCCCCGGCCCCGCGGCAGCUCCGGCCGCCGGCGGGCAUGGGCAGCCGCGCACCGCAGCAGCGGGGGCAGGCGCGGCGCGGCGCCGGCGGCUCGGCGGGCAGCGCCUAGGCUGGGGCGGGCGCUUUCAGCACCGCGGCGCUGGACAGCGCCCGGCGGGCGGCGGGCGAGGAGCGCGGCUCCGCCGCCGCGCGGCAAGGUCAGUCCGCGCGGAGCCGCGCAGCGCGCAGCCUCCGCGGCCAGCGCCGCGCUCCCGCCCGCGCCUCCCUAACAUGCAGCGGCGGCCGGGGGCCAGCAGCACCGUGCCGGUGAGCCAGCCCGGCCGGCAGACCUCCGCUUAGCUGCCCGGCAGGCGUCAGGGAGGGCGAGCGAGGAGGGGGAAUUUUUUCCUUCUACUUUUUUUUUUUUUUUUUUUUUUUCGCCUGCCUUGCAGUACGUGCCUGGAUAGUUUGUGGAUAUAAUUACUGACUGGAAUCUGGGCUGUUGCAGUUGUGCGUGGGGGGGAGAGAGGAGAAAAGAAAGCAUCCCCCCCUCUGCCGACCCUCCCUGCUCCCCCCCACACAUUUUUUUUUCCUCCCCCUUUGCUGGUGGUUCGGACAUUUAAUGUAUUGAAUGAACUGGAAUUGCUUUCCGUGUGAGGAGGAUGGUUGCUGUUACUUUGUGAUGAGAUCGGGAAUGAAUUGCUCGGUUUAAAAAUGCUGCUUUGGAUUCUGUUGCUGGAGACGUCUCUUUGUUUUGCUGCUGGAAACGUUACAGGGGACGUUUGCAAAGAGAAGAUCUGUGCCUGCAACGAGAUAGAAGGGGAUUUGCACGUAGACUGUGAGAAAAAGGGAUUUACCAGCCUGCAACAUUUCACCGCCCCAACUUCCCAAUUUUACCAUUUAUUCCUGCAUGGCAAUUCCCUGACUCGACUUUUCCCUAAUGAGUUUGCUAACUUUUACAAUGCGGUCAGUUUGCACAUGGAAAACAACGGUUUGCAUGAGAUUGUUCCUGGGGCUUUCCUUGGGCUGCAGCUGGUGAAACGCUUGCACAUAAACAACAACAAGAUCAAAUCAUUCAGGAAGCAGACUUUCCUGGGGCUGGACGAUCUGGAAUACCUCCAGGCAGAUUUUAAUCUGUUGCGGGAUAUUGACCCGGGAGCAUUUAGGGACUUAAACAAGCUAGAGGUGCUGAUUUUAAAUGACAAUCUCAUCAGCACCUUGCCCCCCAACGUGUUUCAGUAUGUGCCGAUCACCCACCUCGACCUCCGGGGAAACCGUCUUAAAACCUUGCCUUACGAGGAGGUCCUGGAGCAGAUCCCAGGCAUUGCUGAAAUCCUGCUAGAGGAUAACCCCUGGGACUGCACUUGCGAUCUGCUGUCGUUGAAAGAAUGGCUGGAAAACAUACCUAAAAACGCUUUGAUCGGCAGAGUGAUUUGUGAAGCUCCCACUAGGUUGCAGGGCAAAGAUUUAAAUGAGACCACAGAGCAGGAGCUGUGUAAAAAGAACAGAGUAGAUUCCAGCCUAGCUGCUCCCCCUGCCGAAGAAGAAACCUGCGAUCCUGGUCCCAUUCCAACCCCCUUUAAAAUACAUGGCAAAGAAGACCCUGCCACGCCAGGAUCUGCUCCAAACGGAGGUACAAAGAUUCCUGUCAACUGGCAAAUCAAGACCAAACCCACUGCUGCCGUGUCGACAGUGAGUGUGAAGAGCAAACUACCAGCUACCUUUUCCUGCCCGCACAUCUGCAGCUGUGAUCAGAUCCCUGGCUCAGGUUUAAAGGUUAAUUGCAAUGAUAGGAAUGUGAGCAGCUUGGUGGAUUUGAAGCCCAAGCCCUCCAACGUGCAGGAGCUGUUUCUGAGAGACAACAAAAUACACACCAUCAGGAAAUCCCACUUUCUGGAUUACCGAAAACUUAAUUUACUUGAUCUGGGCAACAACAACAUUGCCACCGUUGAGAACAACACCUUCAAGAACCUCUUUGAUCUCCGAUGGCUCUACAUGGAUAGCAAUUACUUAGACACCCUGUCCCGGGAGAAAUUCGCUGGGCUGCAAAACCUGGAGUAUCUGAACGUGGAGUUUAAUGGGAUCCAGAUGAUCAUGCCUGGCACCUUCAAUGCGAUGCCCAAACUGAGAGUCCUCAUCCUCAACAACAAUCUGCUGAGGUCUCUCCCAGUAGACGUGUUCGCCGGGGUCUCGCUUUCCAAGCUGAGCAUACACAACAAUUAUUUCAUGUACCUCCCGGUGGCGGGGGUGCUGGACCAGCUCACCUCCAUCACCCAGAUCGACCUGCAUGGCAACCCAUGGGACUGUACUUGCCCUAUCGUGCCUUUCAAACAGUGGGCAGAGAUGCUGCGCCCCAAGGUGAUUAUGAGUGACCUGAGGUGUGAGUCCCCUGAAGAUUUCUUCAAGGAGGAUUUUGAGUCUCUCUCCAAUGAUGUGAUUUGCCCUCAGUUAAAAAUCUCUCCCACAUUAACUUCUACUAACAAAAACAGCACCGGGUUGACAGAGACAGGUACUCACUCCAACUCCUACUUGGAGACCAGCCGGGUCUCUAUUUCGGUGCUAGUGCCAGGGCUUCUGCUGGUUUUUGUGACCUCUGCCUUCACAGUGGUUGGCAUGCUGGUUUUCAUCCUGAGGAACAGAAAGCGGUCCAAGAGGAGGGACGCCAACUCCUCUGCAUCUGAAAUCAACUCCUUGCAGACGGUCUGCGACUCGUCCUACUGGCACAACGGGCCCUACAGCGCCGACGGGGCCCACAGGGUGUAUGACUGCGGCUCCCACUCCCUGUCGGACUGAGGCUGCGGGCGGGGCGGGGACGGCCGCCCCCCGGGACGGGCCCUUCGCGCUCCGGCCGGGGAGAGCUCUGCACCUCCGCUGCCACCUUUUGUGAGAAGCGAAACACACAGACACACGCACGCCCUUCCUCACGACCCCCAUAGCAAUCGCCGAGGCUCAGUGGGCGGCGGGGGGAGCCCGGCGCCGGAGCGCAUCCCUGCAGCGCUGCGCAGCCCGGCGCGGUGCGCGCAUCCCCCGCCCGUGCGCGGCCGGAGCAGCAGCAGACAGACGAGGAACAGCUUCCUUCGGCUCCGGCAGGGCGAAACACGGCUCCUGGUUUUGUUGGGCUUUUGUUCAAUUGUGUUGGGGUUUGAUUUGCUUUUUUGCCCUCUUCCCUUGGGGACCGACCCCUUUCCAAGAGGCCGGGAAAAUGAGGGGAGCAGAGGACUGGUGUUGGCCUCCUCCUGACGGCAAAGCAGGAGUGGAAAGUUGCACGAAGGCAUGAAUGUAAUGUAAAUAAAUGACUCCGACUCCGAAACAAACAGACAAACAGACAAAAAAAAAAAAAAAAAAAAAAAGUGCUGCAUGGCUCGCAUGGAUACAACGCACCCCAGGGACGCUCCAGCCCCCGACUGGAAGCAGCGUCUAGUUCACACCAUCAUCCCUCUUACCUGAUAAGUCCCUUCGUAUCAAACCUUCUAUAUACGAAAUACAGUAUAAUAAUAAAAAAGUGCCAUUUCGCCAGUUUUUUUUUUUUUUUGUGUGUGAUCAAUAGGCAGUUGAGAUCGUACUUUUACUGUGGAAACAAAUUGUAAAGAUUUUAUUUAAGACAUAGUUGCAUGAAUAUUCUCAUUGGAUUUUUUUAAUUUUUAUUUUUAUUUCUAGGUGGGAAUUACUUUGCUGGGAGAGGUUUGCUUUGUUGAUAACGGGUUGUGUUUAAUUUUAUCAGGGGAGGUGGGGUGGGUAGGCUUUGGUUUUGUUUUCUUUCUCUUCUUUUUCAAUAUACAUAAUCAGUAUUGCCUUUCCAUCUGAAUGUAAAAAUUAGUACCCUUGAUUUCUAUUAUGGUAACAGUGUAAACAUACAAAAAAAAAUCCAAGGCAGUUAAGCAUGACCAAUUAAUGUCACUCUAGCGCUUAGGCUGCAAAGUUUAAUGGUAGAAAAUUCUGUGCUGUUGUAAAUCUUACUAUAACUUGAGGAAAACAGAACUGAGGAAGCAAGUGAAACUUACUAAUUCUAUUCGAGGAUUUUAUAAUGGCAUAUUUUUUCAGUAUUAAAGUGAAAAUGUUUUCAACUCCGGGUCCUUACCAUUUUUCCAGCAUCCAAUUCUUGCAAACGGGUUACUUGGGUUUAGGGGACAGAGCCUCCUUUCAGUGCUCUGUGUGUCUCUCCCUCUCUCCCUCCCUCCCUCCCUCCCUCCCUCCCUUUCUUUCCCUCCCUUCCUCUUUCUCAUUCAUUCACAGGCAGAGGCACAAACACCCUUCCUUCCCCCCCUUUCCCAAUGUAAAUAACACACAGAAGUUUCCUGCCUGCCUCCUCCCCUCUCCCUCCCCUCGCCUCCUUUUUUUUUUUUUUUUCUUUUUUUUUUUUUUUUUUUUUUUUUUUUUUUUUUUCCCUAACGAGGCGGUGAAUCCCUUUAUUAAUACUGUGAAUCUCAUGCUGCUGCCGCUGCCGUCACCGCCUCUGCUGCACACACUGCAGAUAUACUAGGGAUGUUAGUGGGAAUUUGCUUUAAGUGCCUCUGCCCAGCUUGGUCUCAUUAAGCUGGAGCCUAAUUUCCGCGGCCAGAAUUCCCGUCCGGGAGGAGCUUGCCCGGUGGGGGCAGCUGCGGGCGGCCGGGCUCCAGCAGCUGCCGCCAGUGGGAAAAACGAAUUAGCCCGCAGAGGUUUUCCCGUUCUUGCACUGGGUACCUCCACCCUUUGAUAUUAAAAGCUAAAAAAACCACGGCGCAGUGCUGCAGUUGGACUUCAGGCAGCUCGCCUUUGAUCCCCUUCCUGUACUGGAAAGUGCCCCUAAACUCAGUCAAACCUGUAAAGGCGAAAGUCUCUGCAAAUCACUUGUAACUCACAGCUCAAGUCCCAGUGGAGAUAUGGAGAAUUUCAGUCACGUUGCUCCUGGCUUUCUCCAGGCAGAGAAUCCUUUUAAAGAGUAAAACACCCUAAGGGACUUGAUAAACUUCAAAUGCUGAUUUGGUUUGCUUUAUAGAAAAUGCCCACCUUUGGGAUCUGUGAGGAGAAAACAGACAAACAUACACAUUGCAAUAGGUAUGCUCUUGAAAGUGAGGCAGUUGCCUGAUUCAAGGUAUUCGUGAAGAAUUAAACAUGGGGACUACAUCAUUCCUCCAGAAUCUUUUAUCACUGUGGAAAAAUCUGCAGUCUCCUAGAAAAUACCUUGAAGUUUGGUUGUGGAGCUCUGAAAAUGGCAUGGCCUGCUUAACUAUACAAACCAUUCCUAUUUCAAGGUCCUUUCUUUAUUCCACCUUGCUGCUUCAUUAGACAGAUUGUUCUGCCAGGACGCUCUGUGUGAUGACAGUAGAGGCACUACCUUGCCAUUGUGCAAUCCACUGUUGUAUAGUUUGAGAAGAAAAAACAAAAGCACUUACAUGUGAGCCAAUAAUUCUGUCCUUGGGAGGCCAUCAAAUUUAGCUUAGAAAUAGUCCAAAAUAACCUGUUUAGGUAUGAAAUAGUGCACUCUUAGAAGACUACCUAAGUCUUGCUGCCUUCUUUGUGAUAUUGUAGUGACAAAAUUGAGUAACUGAGAAAAUUGAGAACACAUCCCCAGCUAAAAUGAAUAAUAAUUACAUCAGAAGCACUGUAAUGGAAGUUAAGAUAAAAUGCACAAUAAAUUAAAAUGUCAAAUCACUGACUGAGAUCAGACAUGCAUGCAUUUCUGAGAAUAAAAUGCUACAUAUGCAAUUCUAAUUUUUCACCAUUGAAAAGUAGCAUAAAGUUGGAAAUUUGCUCAUUUAGCUUCCUAAAAGGGUUAGUUCAUUGGCAUACCUAUACAGAAAUGUCAAUUCAAUUGAAAUGUUGAAGACACGUAUUUAUCACUCUGUUUCUAGGUUGUGGGGAAAUACCAAAAUGGGGAAUUUUCUAUGUAAUUUUCUGAUUUUAACAUUCACAGGAUUCUUUCUUCCAUCUUGCAGACACUUGCCCUUAAGACACAUAGAUCAUCCAACUCUCUGAGAUGAUGUAAUAAUUACCAGGCCUUGAAUUACAAUGUUUAUCUUAGUAAUAUGUUUAACACUUCUGUGGUUAUUUUUAUCAAACAAAAUACUCAACAAAAAAGAAACUAAAGAGAAAGCAAAGGGGUUAUUGAGAAUGUUCUGAAGAGGAGUGAAGUUCUAAUGUUCAGUUGUAUUGCAUUAACAGGAAUAACCAAAAAGUAAAUGUUUUAUUUGCUGAUAAUGACGGUCAUGUUAUUAUUUCUAACACUGGAAGCCUAGAAGAUAUCCAUGUUGUGUCAAAAUGGGCAUUUUUUCCCUGCUAACUUAAGAAUCUUGUAACUUCAAGUACACUAUAUAUAACAUUAAGUUACUUAUUGCUUAAUCAUCACAGCAAAGGCAUUUCUGUUCUUUCAGAAAAGGCAGAAAAGAAAGAGAUUUAUUAUUUAGCUAGUUAAAAAGGGUUGUUUGUGGUUUGUUUUUGUUUCUGCAAGCACUUCAACUAAGAAUAGCUAGAAUUUAAACUGUUGCCAUAGAAAUCCAUGCCUUUAUACAUGGUAGCCUCCUGCAUGCCAUUGCAGAAGAGUGAACGGAAUUCUAGAAACAACCUGAAAAAAUUUUAAAUUCAUACCCAGGUUGAUGUGUGUCAUUUUGAGAAAAAAUAUGCUGUUGGAACUGCAUAGAAAUGUGUUAUUAUGUUGCUUUACUAAAUGUAUUGGCUGUGUCAGGUUAUUUUAUAACUUCAGUGCAGUUGCAUUGAAAAUACUGUUUCAGAUCUGAUGGCAAACUAAGUGAUGUAAUCUUUGAGGGGGUUUACUGUUCGGUUAGAAUUAGAUUUUUUUUUUUUCUUAGUGUUUUUUUAUUUAGUUUUGGGGUUUUUUUUAGCAAGAGUGGGGGCAGAUGUCAUCUGAUGUAGAAGAAAAGGCUUUGUGUACUAGUCUUUACUCAGGUAGAAAAGCUGUGAACUACGCAAAGUGAACAUUUCACAUUUUUUCAGGCUGGUGGCAAAAAUCAUAUAGGGUGAAAAUUAGGGCAGAAAGAGGUUGAAAAAUGCUUAUCCUUCCCAACAGAAUAAUUUCUACCUUCCAUUAUCCAUUAAAUGAUUUUUAGGUCUCACAAAUAUGAACAUUUCCCAAAGACAAGCAACUCUUAGUAAAGUUACAAACUCUUUCCCUUUGUAUUUUUGUCAGUGGUUUCUUAAGUUGCAAAAGACAGCAGGAAUUUGUUUGAGAUUAAAUGAAAGACCUUUAAAUCACUCUUUUCCUUUUCUGUGUAACUUUCUCCAAGGCUUCAUCUGGGGUCUUUCUUGGAAAAUGGUGCACAAGAUAUAGUCAGGUCUUCAACAUCUUUGUUUUUUCUUAUAUUUGGAGUUUGAAUAUGCAUGGCAGUUUUUUUGUUCUAUACCAAACUCCAUAAAUUUUUAAACUAUUUAAAUCAGUCAGAGAGAUUUUGGCUACAUUUUUAUCCACAUGUAGUCAAAAAUGGGCACUCAGAUUUUAAAGGAUCUCAUAGGUAGAUCCUUCUGUAAAGGAAAUCCUUAGUAAAGUUCCCACAGAUGUAUGCAAAUAAGAUGGGAAGUAGGACAAUUUUCUGCGGCUGAAUAGUAUUCAAUGUGCUUCUGCAGUCCAAAUUUGUGGUAGUUUUUGUGAUUUAUGGAACAGAAAUUUCCAGGAAUUGGGCAGGACUUCAGAGUAUUUGACUACUGCAAAUUUUAUAUAUAUAUAUAUAUAUUUUUUUUUUUUAAAUUUUUUUUUUUUUUUUUGGGAAGAAAUCAGAGGGUGAAGAAUUAAUAGCUUGUGUUGGUAAGAUAUGGUUGUCCUAAUAACAUCCAGAUAUUUCUGUUAUCUGUUUAAAAGUAUCAAUCUGUUUAAACUAUAUUAGAAUUAUGGACAUGACCAAUCAAAAUCACAAGAAUAAUUUUAUUUUGCUCAGUUUUCCCCAGAGCAAUAUUAGCCCUGGAAGAAAUUGGGACAAAAAAUGUUGCAAACAUAUUAAAUUACAUUCAUUAUUAUUAUGUUUACCUACGGUACCUUAAUGGGUUAACUUGUAACAAAAGAUGAUAUUUCACAUAAUAUCUGUGAGUUUCAGAAAUCUUUAUAAUUGUAACUUUUUGAGUAAAGAAAUAUAAAUGAGAUCCCUCAGUAUUACUUCUCCAAGAUUAAUUACCAGGUCAAUGAACAUAUUGUCAUGCUGAAUGAUUCCAUUUAUUACUUAAAGUUUCUGAAUUAAUUUUUUUGAAUACUUCCUAUAUACAUUCUUUAGUUAUGUGAGAGAGGAACAAAGUCACCAGAAAGUCCCCUGGAAGGAAUUAGUGCCUUGCAUCAUAAAAUUGAAGACUAAGAUGGAAAAUUCAUAGCAAAAAAUGGACAGAAAAUGCCCAUUGUAGAAUACACUCGGUUGACUCUAGGUGAAUGGCUGCUUAAACUACCAUUAUUUAUUGGUAUAAGUGGCACAAAGUGCCCUUGGCAGAAAGCACUGGCUCCACAGAAACAUUGGUACCAUCAGUGCUAAUACCUCAAUACUUCUCCUGUUCUAUUAGGUAGUCAGACUGAUGCCUCUCAGCUACUUUCCAGCUAAGCCACUGGAACAAAUUCCCUUAGCUAUUAAUGACUUUUGAUGAUGUCAUAAGCAUUCAGAUAGACCCCUCAAGCUUUGGUCUCAAAGCAUGUCUAACCAUGGGUUGUCAUAUUUGGUUUGUGUUACUUUAUUUAGCUUCUGAAUCAACUGCAUCCCUUGCAAGUGGAAUUUUAGGACACACUAAAAUGUGACUUGAGAAAAAUAAAAGAAUGUGAAGAUAAUGGUUCUUUUUACUUAAAAUGAGGAUUCAAAUAGUAAAGAUGGGCUAGUACAAUAUAGAAAUCUAUGAAGAAAUUAAGAAGCAGUAUAAUCUGGUGGAAAAAGUUAGAAAUAUGACUCAUUUUCUAGUUACUAUCUGAUCUGGAAUUAGAUGAUAUAUUUCUCACCUAGUUUGACGGGCUUGAAUGAGUUGCCCUAACAGUCAGUAGUGCCCUAAGAGGUGUCCUGGAGUAUCUGAGGUGUGUGCACAAGACUGAUAGAUUCAUCAUAAAAGAUGAAUAAAAUCCUCAUUCUUCAUAAAAAAAUGAACUAGGGCACACUGGAAUAUUUCUGGAGUGGCACCUGGACUCUAGGACACAUUAGGGCAUUUGAAAUAGGAGUAGACAUCUGUCUGGGAACAACUGAAUUGAGUUCUUGAUUUACCCUUGAGAGCUUGGUGGGUUGGUUCACUUGACGCAUAAGUAUUAUGAAAUAUCUUGAUUCAAAGAGGUAAUUUGAAAUAUCUUUGUGUCUGACAUGCUGACAGAAAAGAUUCAGGGCUUGUAGGACAUAUGAUCAGCUGGGACCCAGGCAAAGUACUUUAAGACACCACAAAGUCACUGUGUAUCUAUGGACAAGCAGAAGAGUACCUCAAUGAGCUAAAGGUACCUCAGCUACAUACACCUGUGCUGCAGAUAAUGAAAUGCAUUUGAGAAUUAAACCAAAUCCUUUAAACUACAUUAAACAGGUUAUGUCAGAGAUGGUUUUCUGAGACAUGACAAUUUUUAAAGGAUGACCGUUAUUUUUUAGAGGUUAUUGCUAGAUAAUAUGAGAUAGAUCCAUGUGUACCUCAUACUCUUUCCAUCUGCUUUUCUAACUUGGAUUUUAUUUUUGUCUUUCUAAAUUGCUAGUUCUUUGACUUUGGGAUUGUAUCCUAACAAUUGCUUUUGGAUGGGAGACCUAUUUUAACCAGUGCCAUUAGAAAUUGUUAUAGUAUGUAAUAGCUAUAAUAGUAACCUCUUAAAGUAAUAUAGGGUUCAGGAAGCAAAAGUAUAACAACAACAACAACACAAAAAUCCUGACAGUUAUUGCUGAUACCAUAAUAAUAAAUAAUGGGUUCUUGGGUCAAGCUUGAAAUACAAAUGAGGAAUACAGUACUCCAGGGUUAUAGUCAUUAUUGAAGUCAUUAAGCUCAUCACGAUGAAAGAUAAAUGCUACAAAUAGAAGUGAAAAUGCAGUGGAAAGUGUUUCAGAAAAAUGAAAGUCUGGUUUAUGAAAAUAGAAUGCAAAACUGUUAAGUGGAUUGUCACAGGAGGUUUGAAAAGAGAAAAAUAUAAUUUAAUUAUGGACACACAGUAACAACUUAUUCACAUGAGAGAUCUUUAAGGGCAGACAGAUGGUAGGCAAGUUUUAAGUGCAGGAUGUAGAAUAUGUAGCUAGACUCUAGAGACUAUUACUCAAUUGCCCAGGAUAAAUAUGGCACAACAAAGUUGGCAGCAUUAUGUACUGGGCACUUUGCAAGCAAUAAGGACUUCUAGACAGAAGUGCGAAAACAUAGCUUGGGCACAAAAGGGGAGAAUGAAAAUACAAAACAGUAUGGGAUUUUUUUCCGCUGUUGCAGUUUGGGAAGCAAAUGUUUUGAAAGGAGAUAGCUUGUUUAAAAAGGUUGUUUUUUUGAGGUGUCUUUAUUGUGAAAUUGUGUCUCUCUUAGCUAACUUGUUAAGGAAAUAUUGACAAAAGGGUUGGUGAAGAUCAUGGUAGUUGAAAAAAAGUGUGUAUGAAAUUAUUAUCCUUGUCUGGAAGCAUUCCUCAGAAAGUUAGGUCAAUGGAUAAGUCUAAACUGCCAAGAUACAAAUAAUUUUCUAAAUUUUGGGGUACAUUUUCACUGUUGCAGUAACCUUAGACCCCUACUAGAAAUUGUGUUCUGCCGAAUGAUAUUAUGUGUGGCAGGAAAUAAUAAUAUUAAUAGUAGUAAAAAUAAUGAAGAUAGCUUUACAUUUAAGGGUUUUCUCAUUUGGGGUUUUGUUGUUAAUUUGUUUUGUCUCUGCCUUUUUUUAAAAAUUAUUUUUUGCCUUUUUCUUGUGUUUUCAUUUAGAUAUAUAUAUAUAUAUAUCUCAAUGUAAGAGCAUGAUUCAGAAUAAGAAUGAACAAAAAGAAUGCACUAAAUACAGUGUUAGGCCCUGCAGAUUUGCUGAAUUUUUUUCAGAAAGAAGAACUGCUGGUCUGAGCAACAGAGUGAAAGAUGUUAUUGACAUUGGCUAAGAGCACCCAUGGGAAAAAGAAGCACGCACAUUUUUGAAAGGUCUUUUUAUGGCUGUGCUACUAUUAAUGAAAGAUGAUCUUAACUAACUAAAAUUUUAGUGUAAGACAAUACUCCUCUGCAACUACAUAAAUCAGAAUGUAUAUUUAGACUAAUGAUUAGACUGUUGAUUUGGCAUUAAAAUAUUAAAAUUAAGCUGAGAAGGAAGUUAUUCUUGUUACAGAUCCAUGAAUUGCUGUCUGACCAAACCUAUUAGCUCAGCUGCAGACAUGUGUAUUAAAUUAAGCCCAUUUUUCCUCUGAAUAAAUUAAUAACAUUCAUAAAUUCCAAUCAGAAUAAUAAAUUCAAGGACUCUUAGCUGCAUUUUUACUCUACCUGAGCAUAUCUGUUAUGUUACAUGGAUGAAUUAGGAAUGCAACAAAAGUGAAGAAAAAAUUUAUUAAUGAGGUUUAGAAAUACACUACAUAUUUUAAAGGAUCAGUUCUAAUUAGAAGUAUUACAUCAUUAGCAGAGUUCUGGUCAGAUUAUGUAAUACAUUGAUUUACAUGGAUCUUAUUUCUAUAGGUGUGUUUGUGAACAAAAUACAUUUCUCAGUACGAAGCAAAAAAUUUAAAGACAUUCAGUAAAGGAUGCUUAUUUUAAGAAGGGUUGAUACUACUAGUAUUAAUGGAACACAAAAUCACAUCUAAUAUGAUACAGAAGGUAAAUGGAAAUUAUCAAAAUAUGUGCUUCAUCAGAACAUAUAUUUUUGUAGACAAAAUCCCAUUCACUGUAAGUUUCUGUAUUUUUCAGUGAAUUAAUACUGAUUUUCCCAAAUGUCAGGAUUUACUAAAAUAGGAAAAACUGCUUUUGUAGGGAGAAAAAAAGGCAGUUACAAAUCCCUCUUCUGUCUGGAUUUAUGAGGAAUCAAUGCAGGAUCAAAUUUUCAUACAGUAGUGGAAGAAGAAGAAAACUUAGAAAACAUAAGUGUGUGACAUAGGUCCUUUUGCAUCAGACUGAGUGCCCCAUAACUGUUUGACCGGAACAGGAUCCUUUAUUAUGUUAAAUUAACAAAAUCAGAAUGUGAGUAAACUCACACACUGGAGCUAUAAUCCAUAAUAGAUCACCUAUAAUGGAGAAUUCUUAUUCUUAUUGAAUAACUGUUCUUUCAUAGCUUAGCUCUUUUCCACAGCUCUCAACUAGCUCGGUCCAAGACAAAACUGCUACAGAAGGGACAAGCCCUUGGCAAUGUGAACACGAGCCAAUUUGUACUUGGAUGUUGAGCCUAUGAUUCAAUUCUGUUUCUUGCUCAUUUAGAAGUGUGAAUAUCCACAGUGUAUCUCCUGUGGUGUCAGCAUUUGGGCCAGAGAUUCAUAGAUGGGCUUAAAAAUUGUAGAUUUUGUUGUUAUUUUUGUUAUUGUUUUCCUUUCUGCUUUCUUCAGUUUAUUAUGCAAUUCCCUCUCAUAAAUCCUGUUGUAUUUCUAGAACAACCUUCAAUCCCCCUGCCUUUCCCUCUGACUGACAUUGGACAAGUAGAGUAGAAUAUAGCAAUGAGAAAUUUUAUUUAAUGAAAUAAAAUUUAAAAACAAUUUUUUCCUAUGUGUACUAAUAUUCUGUGUUAAUCUACUGGAAUGGUUUGUUGGUUAAUUUAAAUUGCUGCAGUUAUGACCAACAGCAUUCAUAUACAAUCCUGUACUCUUUGAAUUCAAGGCAGAUGUUUGGGAUUGGAUUCUAAAAAGGGUUUCAAUAUCAUUUGAGAUGUGCAUGCUUAGGUGGAAUUCAAGGCAUCCUGGGAUACCUGAGGUAUCUGUCCAUGGUUAAUACAUCUUCUAUUCUGAACUGGCAGCUGGAAUCCAGGCAAGAUACUUUAGUAUACCUUAAGUGUUACAGAUGAUUAUGUUAAAGCCUUUUAAGUGUUCCCUAGCUGAAACAUAACAGCUGCAUUGCGAGCACAUGAAUUUGUACAUCGCAGUCUGUAACUGAAUUGCAGCUUCUAAGGUUGGGUGAGUUAAAUCACAGCUAAGUUAUUUGACUUUUAUAUUGCUAGAGAUAAGUGUGAUGAAUCUCACACUUGUGAAUAACAUUCUGAGGAUGGAACUUUCAAUUAAAAAUAAGAAUACACAUAUAAAAGAAGGCAGCCAAAGAGUAUCCUUCAAAUAUUUUUUUCCACGGUCAAAUCACAUUUUAUUAAAAUAAAACCAGAAUUUUAUAGAUAAUACACACAAUUGAUUAUUUUUAAUAAUGCUUGCUGUUAUAUUGGGAUACAGACAGAUCUAUAUAUUAGCUUUUAAAUUUUUACACUGUUUUAAUAUUCAAUCUUACAUUACUUCAAAUCAAAAAGUAGGAUAAUAUCCUAAUAACAACAAUGGCAACAGUAAAAAUGAGGCUUUUGUUUUCCUGCUUCCCAAGGGUGUUUCCCUAUUGGUUUCAGGAGGACAUCCUCAAUUUAGUAUCAUAGAAAUAGAUAAGAAUAAACCAAAGUAUAUCAGCCAAUUUACUUUCAAUAUAUCAUGGUACAUUAAUUAUGAAAUGAAAUAAAAUAAAAACAUGUUGGCUUUUUUGGUUUUACUUAUGCCAGUCCAGAAACAUCAGUGCAUACAGGAGAAAGCUGAAAAUAAUUAAAUCCAAUUCCCUCUUGAAAAAACAGCCCUAUGAAUUAAUUCAAUUGUGACUGAAAAUUAGAAGCCAUGGACUUUGUUGUAGUAUUUGAGUUUGUAGAAUGAGUCUAGUUCUAGUUAGAAUCCAUAAAACACACAGAUCAAUAUAACCACAAUUGACACUAAUUGACAAGUCAAAUUGACAGUAUUAAGACAGAGGUCAAGAAACCAGAUACUAACUCUUUUUUUCUUCUCCCUUCCCUCACUAUUACGAAUGGGUUCUGACAAAAGUUCUAACUUUCUGAAAAACUUGGGUUAUAUUAAUCAGAUAAAUAGAUAUGCCUAUUAAGAUUUUUUUCUUCAUUCCGUUGUGAAGAUAAAUUUCAGUGUACUCCUUCUGAUGAAAUUCCCACAGCUUCAGUGUAGAGUUCAUUUGCUGAGCAAGUCACCUUUGUCUUUCUGUACAGUCAGUGGGGAGAAAUGGGAACUGUUCAGGUUCAUGUGACAUUUUGGGAUGCAAAGAACAUUUCAGCUGUAGACAUAGACACCAAAUUUAGCUAACUAAAUAAUGCCAUAUGGAUGUAAACUGUUGUGUCUAAACUCUUACUACAGUCAUCAAAGGAACAGCCAUUAUAGAGAAUAGAGAAAAUAGAGAAUAGAUAAUAGAAAAUAGAAAAUGUGUCAGAUCAGUUUAAAUAGAACUUAACACAAAAUACAAUUUUAAAUGUGUGUGGUAUUAUUUUGGGUUUCUUGGGGUAUCCAACAUGGCCUCUAGCUGCCACUUGAGAAGCUUACAGUUCUUUUAGAGGUCCUGGUUGAUGUCUGUGAACUCCAUGAGUGUCCUGGUUGAGAUAUCCUAAGAGAUUUCAAACCUGCUGUUUAUGCUUUGGCCAAGAUUAAGUUUUUCAUUGACUGUUUGUGGAACUUAGGUCCUUAGUUCACAUUUGGACACCUAUUUUUGUAAGUUUGAAUCUCUAAAUAAGCCUUACCAUAUUUAGAAAGAGAUAAAGCAUGUUUUAAAAGUUUUAUUUCUUUCCAUUCACUCUAACAGGAAUCUAGGGCACCUAGUCUAAAUAUAUGACUACAACCAUAAACAGCUGCAUUUCCUCAAAUUAAUUCCACACUUUGAGUCUUUGGCUUCGACCAUUUAUUCCUUUGCUGUAAAAUAGCAGAGUGUCAGUGGCCUACCUGAAUGGAGAGAAGAGAAUUCAGGUGUCUGAAAUCUCCUUCUUACCCCUUGCCCCAGCAGCAUGGAAUUCUGGAAAAUACCAGCCUCAUAACCAUCUGAGUUCUCAGACCCCCAGGGAAUCUUUCCUCAUUUCACGGAGUCUAUCUCCAUCAGGAAAUGGCCCUGUUGAGCACAGACAUCCUUGCUCUGGAUUAAUCUUGGUGGAGAAGGAGGCGGGGUGGGAAGGGGGAAUAAUAUAGAAGUUUUUGCUCUUAAUAUCUCUGAGAUAUUAAAAGCACAAAUUAAUACAUGAAAAUACCUGGAAGUAGUUUCCUGUCUUAGGAAGAGCUCAUAUAUGCAGGAAUAUCAUGUUAAUUCUAAAGAAAUCAUGCCGAUGGCUGAUAAUGAGAGCAUUCUUUCGCUCCUUUAUUGCAUCUUUGUAGUAUUUAUUGCACAAAAUUGGAUAAUGUUACCCAAAAUUCCAUGCUGAAGAAAAGGUUGAAAAUUCCUUCUGAAACUAAUAUUGAAAUUAUAAGAAUGAUUAGUAGAGAUUUCAGUAGACUUAAGCACAAAUUGUUUAGAGGAGUCAAAACUAAUAAGGAAGUUCCUUUGAAUGAUUCAGAAACAAAUUGUAAAACACAUUUUUAAGUCAAAGUCACUAGAAAUAUCUUCAGAUUUAUCGUAAUUUACUAUAUGCCCUGUUAUCUUCUGUCAGAUUUAAAAGAUUGCAAGAACCAGAGUUAAAACGAGAAUGAAUUGGCUUAAGUUAUUUAGCUUAUGAAUUCUAGUGAUUGUUUUAAAUAAAGUCAGUGUUGUCAUUUGCCUUCUGUCUCUCAUGACUAAGGCUGUACAACAUAACCACUAUACAUAAUUUAUAGAUAAUGAUUUGGAAAAAAAAAUCAACUCCCCAAAAGUCUACAUUGAAAUAGAAUUUUCAUUUGAAGAAAUGUCUGAGAAGGGUGAAGCAGAAUGAGGAAUUUCAUGCUGGAUUUUUCACUACAUUAGGCAGUCUGUGUGUGGCAAACAAAAACAGAUCAAGUUUUUAUUCCUAAUUGAUUUUGAUUCCUGGUAAAUUAUGCAUAUGAACAUAGUUCUGUAAGCAAGUUUUAAUUAUUUUUCAUGCUAAUAUAAUACUUCCAACCAGAUAUCGUACAUGACUAUUAUGUUUUUCAUGACAUUAUCUCAUCAGAUUCAGUGUGUUUCUAGAAUUUUCAUUGACUUGCCCUAUAGAAUGGUAGAAUAGUUUCAAUUUAUUAAUUUUUUCUCUUAUUUAGCCAUUUCUAUCAAAGUAAAAUUUCAAGCUUGAAACUUUAUAUCUUUGAAACCUUAUUAUCACAUAAUUUGUGUAACAAGCUGUUUGUAAACUGGGUAGACCCUGAUGCAGUUUUUUAAACCAAAUAUUACAUUUCUACCUGUUUCCCAAUGUUUGGAAAUAGUCAUGUGGAAAACCAAUUGUAACACAUAGAUGAGUCUUCAAAAAUAUGGAGGAACAUUUUUACCUUGUUAGUUCAACAGGCAUUAGGAUAAUAAUAUUGCAUUAGUGCCCAACCCAGGAGUUGCUUUAUUUUGUACUUCAAGUUUGAGCAGAAUCUGAAUUCUCAGACCACAUGCAUAGGCAAGGCUAAUUCAAAAGCAGUGUCACUUCAGUACAUCUACAUAAUAGAAAAUCAUCUCAAAUAAAAACAGAGUUUCAACUCAAAAGCAGUAAUAAGAUUGGUAAUAGAAUGGAGAAAGGUAAAAAAUGGUAUAGCAUUACAUUUAAAAAAAAAUAGAAUUAAUACUUUUAAAAUUGCCAGACACUUGGAGUAGGAUUUAACUUCUUCCAUAAUCACUUUCUUCCUACUGAUUUUUACAUAAGAAUGUUUUUUGAAAUGCUGUUAGUGUAUUACACACCCACCCACACAUAAAAUAUGGUAAUCUGAUUUUACUUUGAUGCAUAGUUCUGUAAAUCGGCAUUCAAAUCAAGGAGUGUGAGACUCACUAAUAGUAGAAUUGACUUAUGACUAUCUAUGGUAUUUUACAUUAAUGGGAAAAUCAGUAUAAAUGAGGGCUAAUCAAAGUUAAUACUCCAGUUGCUUGGCCACGUUAAUACCGUAGUCUGGCAUUCAUUGCAUAUUCAAAAAUUUCAUGUAUUCAGUGCAAGAAAUGUAGUAAUGAUGGGCAAAUUUUUAACCAAUAGUUUCUGCUUUUAGUUAAUUUCCAGGGAUGAAUUCUACUAAAAUAAUAUCUAGAGCAUAUGUUUUGAAUUAGAGCUGAUAGUUAUGAAUCUUUUGGUUACUGGAGAGAAGGGUGUGUUCCGAAACUGAAUUGCUUCUUCCUAUUUUGUGAACUGAAUAACUGUAUACAGCUAAGAAAUGUUAUUUUUUCAUGUCAGAAUUGUGAAAUAAAACACCUAAAUUAGGACCCUAAUGUAUGUGCCUAGAACCAUUUAUGAUAUUUUAUGACAACUGAGAAAUGUAUAUAGUGAUGGCAGAUGUACACAGGUCUGAAGAGAACUUUGUGUCAUUCUUGAGACAAAGAUGGAGACCAGAGAUCAUGUCCUAGGACACCUGAAAUGUUGCUGACCCCUAUGUAAAUGCACUUGAAUACAAAGGACACUGGCACUAUUAUCAGUUUGUUCAAAAUGCCUGUCUCAAGUCCCAGAACGUCAAGAUCAGGACUGGGGGUAUCUCCUAUGGUAGAAGAAGUUUGAGAAGUUUGAGACCAUUUGAAGAAUGCAUAUAUAUAUAUAUAUAUAUAUAUAUAUAUAUAUAUAUAUAUAUAUAUAUAUCCACAGAUCUGUGGGAUCUGAUGAGGUGCAUCCCUCAGGUGGAUGCUGAGGGAACUGGCUGAUGCAGUUGCCAAGACACAUUGCUCCCAUUUUUAAAAAGUUCACCAAAGAGGAGAUGAUCAGUUGAUCUCAUUUCUGUGCCUGCUAAAAUCAUGAAGCACAACCUCCUGGAAGGUAUGUAGAAACACAUGGAAAAAAAGAAGAAGAAGAAGAAGAAGAAGAAGAAGAAGAAGAAGAAGAAGAAGAAGAAGAAGAAGAAGAAGAAGAUGAUCAGAGAUAGGGAAAAUUGUGCUUGACCAAGUGAUUUGCUUUCUGUGGUGGAAUGACUACAUCAGUGGACAGGGAAAGUGCUACUGUUGUCAUUCUGUCUGGGCUUCUGUAAAGCCUUUGGUACCUUCUUCCAUAACAUCAUUGUCACUAAAUAAAGAGGUGGACAGAUGGACUGUUAGAUGGAUAAGGAAUUGGCUGGAUGGCCAUGUCCAAAGAGUUACAGUCAAUGACUCAAUGUCUCAGAGCUAAACCAAGCAGUGUCCUGGAAGGAUCCAUACUGGGACCAAUACAAUUUAUUGUCUUUAGCAAUUACAUGAACACUGGGAUUGAAUAAACCUUCAACAAAUUUACAGAUGACAUCAAGCUGACUGGUGCAGUUUGUAGGCUUGAAGGAAGGGUUGCCAUCCACAGAAACCUUGGAGAAUAAGCUCAUGUGAACCGCAUGAAAGACAACCCUCAUCAUGGUAAGGCAGUUGAAGCAGUGAUCUUUAAAGCUCCCUUCUAACAAAAAAAAUUAAAUUCUACAACCCUAUGCUCUAGAAUUCCUACUCAGGACUUAAUAUUUUAAUAUUAAUUAGUUUAUUCAUUAAUCAAUAACAAAAUAAAUGAGUCAUUAUUAUAAAAUAAUAGAAGCACAAAUAAUGAAAAAUAAAAAUUUUAUGUAAGCAUGCUAUUUCUAACAUGUUUUAUUGAAUCACAAAAACCAGUCUUCAAGAGACAAAACAGCUAGAUGCUUAUACAGAAAAUUAAUAUACUUUUACAUCAUAAGAAAAUUUAAAAAAUUUUAAAAAGCAUUAAAAUUUAUUGUUUAGCUUUUGGAAAGAAAAAUUUCAUUUAUUCUUGUGAAUUUUCUUGAUUAUAUGUUUGAGUCUGAGAAUGAAAACAAGGUAAUAGAGUUUUGGAAGAAUUUUUACAAAAUCAGCAAGAUUUGUGGCACAAUAUUUGUGGCAAAAGAAGCCAGCAUGUAUUCAUAGAGAUGGAAGUGAAUGGUCCUUAGCAAUUCACCAUCAAUUCAGAUGGAGUAUAUCUUCCACAUCAUGAACGUAUUCCAGAAGACCGAGAGUUUACAGAAAUGGUGUCUGUCUGUCCAUCUACCUAUCCUUUCCUGUUGGACACCACUAGGUGCAGAGGGCUAGUCUAUGCUCUUGUUGCUGUUCACUGGACAUUACUCAAUGCAAUGUGCUGGUGUGUUCUAGGAUGCCAUAGGAGUUCUUGAAAGGGAUGUUGGCAGUUCUUGAAUACUAAAGGGGUAGAAUGAUGCUAUGCCAAAAAAAAAAAAUCACAUUGAUAAUUGUAGAUAUUGAAACCAGUUCUAAAGGUGCCAAUCUAGUGCUGAAUAAGUGAAAGAAGAAAUUAGAACAAAUAACGUAUUUUGGUUUUGAACCUUUAUUGGAUGCAUUUAUAUUAUUUUGUAGUUUGCAUAAGUGAAAGAAUAAAAUACUUGAAAAAUUUUAAAGUGCAAUAAUUCUCGAGGCUGAAUAAGUUCAUCAACAUAGAUAUUUAAAUUUUAAUGUAUUUUUCAAAAUAUUCACAAAAUAAUUAUUUUAUUUUAUUUAAAGUUUUAUUGUCUCAGAUAGCCAGAUUUUUCACUUUAAUUCAAAAUGUCUGUCCCAGAAAUAAUUUCUCCAGGCUAAACCAUGGCAUAUGUCUCACUGCCAAGCAAAAUUUUUAACACAGAAAAGCAUUAAUUUUUAUUUUACAGACCUGCAAACAUAAGGGAAGAUUACAUUUUCAGAUGAAUUUCUGAAUUCAGCUAACCGAAGAGCUUCAUUUUAUAAUACGGAUUAUAAAUUGUGCUGGCAAUUAAUCUGUAAUGUGCCUAAUCCUUUUUAUUAUCUUAAUAAAAAAUAAAAUAUGUUUCACAUUCUCGGUGGAAAAGCAUUUCAGGAGUUUUUAGCACAGGGACUCAGCAUGCUCAUGAGCAUUCUCCCAUACUUAUCUACAAGUUAAUACCCUCAUCUUGCAAUAAAUGUCAUGCAGGCAGAACAUGGCUUUUAAUCCCUCAGCACAACUAAAAAACUUAUAUCUAUGAGGGCUUAUUUUAAAGGCAAGUGCUUUAUUUGAGUGCUUUUACGAAUGAGGAAAUAAGACGAAACUCAUAGCCAUGAAGUCUUGAUUGAUACAGGCAAUCAUUGUUUUUUGUUUGCAGGAAAGUCUGUCAAGAAAAGCAAGUGUGUUCUCUUAGUGUUUUAAUCACUAGUUAAGUUGAAAAGUAGGUCAAAGGUAGCCCUGUCCUUCUGGCACUUUUUUCACAACCAUACAACUGAAAGCUUACUGAAAUUAAUAAAGGAAGGUAUGGGGCUAAUAUUCAUUACUUGAGUUGGAUUAUUUUUUGGUAAGUUUCCUGUAUUUAUAUGUGUUGGAACCCUGAAUUUUUAACAGGUAUUUAGCUGAAGUUAGAUAAUAAUGUAGGCCAAAAUGUUAAAUAAAUUAUUGUUUUAAGAAAAGUAAAUAGAUAAAUGUAGUUGUGAUUAUAAGGAGAAAUGAGCAGACACUGGUUUUGCCAACUACUAGACAUUCUUCUUUCCCCUUUCCCCUUUCCAGGUGGGCAAAACUUAGAAAACUUACAGCUGAGUACAGAUGGUCUUUCUACAAACAUGUUAAUAGCUAGGAAAAGCAAUGCAGAUAUGUUCUUAUAGUAAUCAAAUAAUUUUCUAUCUGAAAAAUACUGCACAUUAUAUUAUUUUAAAAAUAUUUUUGUUUAUAUCUACAUUUAAAUUCUUUAGUAAGUAAUUGAACAAAUCUGUUUGCUUCUUUAGUUAAAGACUAUCUCUGCUGUGAUGAUACUUAACUAACAAUUCACAUACUAAUUUAUUGCCACACAAGAAAAAUAUGAGAAACUUUUUCAAGGAUUGAAUAUUUUUUUGCUUAAAUUGAAAAUUUUUGUUUUUUACUAUGCAACUACUAUCUGUUACUUAAGCAUGAAGAAGUUUAAUUUGGUGCAACUGAUAGGAAGAGUUUACAUGCUUGCUGUAAAUGUGUCCCCUGUAGCUUAAAAUCUUUCAGAUACCAUCAUUUGCUCUUCUACUAUCCACAACACUGGUAAAUGUAAUUUUUUCUAUUUUGUUCACAGGAUAAACUUGAAAUAUUUUGAAUAAAUAUUGUUAGCUGCUGAUAAGUCAAUGUAUCUCCAGCUACCUGGAGCUUGCAUAUCUUUUUCCAUGCAGCCAAGUUCCAAAAAUUGAAGUAGAUUAACUAAGAAUUUUUUCCCUAUUAAAAAUAAUAGUUUCAUCAACUGAAAAAAUAUCAAGUACCCUUUUCACCUGAACCAUACUGACUUUCAGAGUGAUUUUAUAAUUUGAUGACUCCUUUACAUGCUUAGUUGCUUUUUUUUUGCCAGGCCUUUGUUUCAUAUUCUCCCAUAAAUUUUUAAUCCAUAUUUUAGAUAUACUGUCAAAAUGAAACUUCUAGCUUUCAGCAUCUGAUGCAUUUUCCAGGGCAGUGAUAAUGCUGUGUUGUUUUCAACUUUUAAUGUACUUAUAUGUAAAUAUAAUUUCUAAAAUAGAAAAAAUAUAUCAAAUUUGAUUCAAUUUGAGUGAUGGUCAUAUACGACAUUUAGAAGGAAAGGACUGUGAAAUUUCAUAGGUGUUUUUCUGCAAACCUGGGGCAUUCUAUUUACUCAAGUGGAGAAAUAUAUAUGCAGUAAAAGGCAAGACAGGCGCAGUGAGGUGUAAAACCACAGUUUGUCAAAUAUUAGGUUUUAUUUGUAUGGCAUUUAACUUUUUUAUAACUUCUCUUCUUCUCCUCAGUCCUCUUAGUGUAUUGAUUUUUACUUAUACAAUGGAGUUAAUAGACUAGCAGAACUUAAUAUUGGUGAGUAGAUGCAUGUAAAACUGUUAAGUUCUGAUAAAAUAGAAAAAAUGAGAUGAAAUAGUACUUUCAAGAGAAUGAAUUUUGUGUUCCUAAGAAAAGUCAAAUUUUGAGGACAGCAUUGAUAAAAUUAGCAAUUAUAUAGGGUCCAGAAAUGAAGGGGCUUUUAAAACCUUGAUUUUUUAAAAUUGGGAAUCUACACAAAAAUAAUUAUUUUCUGUGAAAGUGUUGAUCAAUUAAUUUUAAGAAAUUAUGUAAGUCUCACUUAUGGCUCCACUCCUUUUCUAAUUUCACCUUUGACAUCCUCUGUUCCCCAUAUUAGAUUUUUCUUUAUUAUUUUUAUCUUAGCUCCUACAAGUUUGUUCUAGUUUCUAGCCCUAAUCAUCUUCGCAGUAUUAAAACAGACAUAUUUUGUCCUGAAUUGCAUAAUGUGUUUGGCUGAGAGAAAGGAAAUAUAUGUUCCAGUCAAAGCAUGACUGCCCCCAUGAUAUGGAAAAGAGCAGCCUCUCUUUCUUGUUUAAUAGAGAGAAGCAUCAGUAGCCCACACCUAGGUAGGUUGGAAACAGCUCUUCAGGUGCCUCCAGCAUGCCAAAGGACUUUGAGUGGUGUUGGAUGCUUAUUGGUGGGUGGCUGUUGCAUUCCUAGAUGUGUGACUGGGAAAUAUCAGGUACCUAUUCAGUCUGUAGUGUAAUAACCUCUAAAUGUGUGUAAUUUGAAAGGUGAAUCCCAUCCUGAGAGACCUAACUUAAGAUAUUUAAGGCAAAAGCUAUUUAAUCAUCUUCUCUGGAUUCUUGACAUGAUGAUACACAUUCAUGGGUUUUCAGUUGCUUUCAUAAAGAUGAGGGAUCCUCCAUUAGAUGUUCUUGUCUAGAAUCCCUUAUUCCUAUGGAAAUAAGGCUAUUUUUAAUACAAAGUUAUCUGAAUUUGAGUUAUAAUUAAAGAAGCAAAUAUAAUGUACUUUGGUUAGUAUUGGAGAUAGGGUAUUAUCCAUCAAAAAUAAUGUAUUUGAGGGUCUUUUUAGACGCUAUUUGAGGGUCUUUUUAGACGCAGACAGGGUUGUUUGAUGCUGAAAAGAAACAUUAAUAUUUGCAAAGAGUGAAGGCAUUUUAAAUACUUUAUUUUGGGUGACUGCAUUAUUCAUAGAAAAAAAUACUCAAAUAAAAUAUGUCCUUAAUUCUGGUCACACCAAAGAUUUUAGGACUAUGUGAUGAAAAUUCACAGCUGAGGAGACAAAAGAAGAAAAAGUAGGAUUCAUCUAAAAAUCCAUACAUUGUUUUUGUUAAAAUAGAAAAAAAUUAGUUCUUAUGUGUUCAGCAUUAAUAGAUUCUCAGCUGUGUUAAAAUAUAUUGUAAGUAUAUGAUAAGCUCAGUGACAUGUAUAUACAGGUGCAUUCAUAUUCUUAUUUUUGUGGUUAAAAUAAAAACAGAGUAGAGAGAAGCCAUAAAGUGCCCAAGGCUCUCAUAUUGUUAUAAGUCUGAGGAGAACAAAGUGGUCUGCUGAGGACACCUGUCUUUCUGUUUCUGUGCAGAACCAUAAGUCUUGCACUUAAACUUGGAAAAGAGAAGAUCUUAACAAAUCUCAAAAGAACUUAGCUCUGUAGUAGGAGAAAGGAAGCAUGUGUCCAAGUCAUUUCAUUGCAAUUUACCACUGCAGAAAUUAUUUCACUCCUAAUUGGCUUCCACUGCAAUAACUUCACCUGUUACAAUGGUCAGCCUAGUGCAGAGCCAGGACUGGAGAGCUCCUUUGCCAGUUUCAAAGGACUGCAAAACAAAUCUGGUGACAAAAAUUGAUUAUUUCCUAUUUCUAGAGAAAGACCAUAUUCUUAAGUAAUAUUUUCUGUCUAACUUCUCAGGUUCUGUAAUGAUGUCAAAUGAUUUUUAAUUAUUGCUGGGGUUUUUUUCUUUAUUUGUUCUUUAUUUUUUUCCCCAAGGCACUAACACAAUACCAAAAUAGAUGUCAUUAAAAUCAUGGAAGGAUGUGUGUACGUGUCAUUAAGAAACCCCUUAAGUGCUGACAUCAUGAACACUGUUUUUUCAAAGACAUUUGUGAAGGUUUUGUUAAAUAUUUCCCUUAAUGUCAGGAAACAAAAGAAUUUGUGCAACAUUUUGAAGUGUAAGGAUUUGAAGUCCUGCCUGGCACAUCCACGAAUGAAAAAAAAAAAGAUAAUUUAGCUGCUCAAGUUUUGUUUCAUUAUCUGACUUUGCUAUGUAAAAUAUCUUCUCUUCAAUGUUAGGUGGUACCAUACAAGUAGGAGAAAGUACCUUUCUGUGACUUCAGGUAGAAAUAUUUUCUGAUAGAUUUCAUUCUCACCAUUUAUUCUGUGUAGUUAGAUAGACAUGCCAGAUGUGUGAGAGGGGGCUUUUGCUGUUGACAUUGAGGAGUGUGCUUCCCUCUAUUGACAAAGUAACAAAUGCUGAGUUUCACUGCCAAUCUUCUGAAGACCAUGCAUAAACUUUAUUGCAGGUAUACAAUAGAGGCAAAAGUGUAACAUGAGCCUGUGCCCCUAUGCAGUGCAUGGGGGUGUAUGCAAAGAAUUUUUCAGGUAUAAGAAAUACCAGAAUUCAGAACAUCUGAAUUUAGUAUGUGUUCUGAUACAAUAAAUAUAAAUUGCUAGAUCAGAAGCCAUUGACAUUAGUAACAGUCUUUCCAAUGUUUACAGUAGGUAUAAUAUCAGGUCUACUAUACAUAUGUACAGAUUAUAUGUGUGUUAUGUACAGAACUUAACUGACUCCCAAACCAAACCUGUCUUUACAUAAAGGUCAAACUGUUAGAGAUACAAUGCCCUCAGUCUGAAGACUCCCAUCAUUUCAAUAAAAAAUGAAUGAGAUCCUUUAAUGGUAGCGGCAGAAUGUUAUUCUAUCAGAGAAUAAAACAGUGACUAGAAAGACUGUACAUGUAUUUUGUAUGUGUGAAUUAUACUACCUAUGACAGAAGUAGAUUCUCAGAGUAAUUAAUAUUGUUGAUCAAUAAAUUGCCUUUUGACUCACUUGGGCACCUGA